GUCGUUGAACAAAAUAGCAAGUCACUAUCAAAGGCACGGAUGUUAGUUAAGUAAAAAACUAAUAUGAAAUAUGUGAUUUUACAUUAUUUUUUUAUAGCGCAUCUAUGUAACAUGAAAAUGUUAGCCAACACUAUGAGACACAAAUCAAGUAGAGAAACUUAUGAUAUAGAUGGCUUCAUACAUCAACUGCUUGCAUCGCGGAAAUUUGAUGAAUUGGCUGAAAAGGUGGCUGAUAAAGCUGCAGUCAGGAUCAUGCACAUAGAAACUUCACCGGCUCGGCUUCAGAGAUUCACAAAAGAGGUCAACAAAAUUAAUAAAACUAUAGAAAACCCGCAAAAAAGCCAUCGGGAACCACCGAGCAGAGACCAUGAAAUAGCCAUGAAAGCUGAUUCAUCAGACGAUAUUAAGCUAAGAAACGACAACAGCCAAGAUAAACAAGGUAUGAUUGACACUCAGGCUGUGAUGAUGGACGAAAACACUUCACAGUCAAACAGCCUCAAGCUGAAGUACAAAUAUCUAACGAGGAACGCUUACGAGAAGAAACUUUUCAGCGACCGGGGUUCGGAAAAAACUGACCAGCCUAAAAGGAACGAAGUAUCAGCGGAGAAAUCUAGAGAUCACGACAAAAAAGCAGAAGAACAUACUCAUCAAGACAAUUCUGAAAAGAAACAACAUAGUUCGAGCAAAACUGAGAGAGAAGCGAGCAAGGAUGACAAUUCUCGCUGGCGUCACGAUAGCAGAGACAAUGACCGCGAAGAUUCAGACUCUAAGAAACAAGACAAGUCACACGUCAAAUCCCACGACAAUAUGGAUACUGAAAGAAAAGAAAACAACAAGAAUAAUCACCAACGAGAAGAUCAGGAGGUCAGGCGCGAUACUAUAGACACUCAAAACUCACGACCGGAAUUCAAAAGUAUAGCAAAGAACGAAGUACACGCAAUAGGUCACGUUGAUGACCGAAAUAGUACGGAAGAUGAAAACCCGGAAUCUUCUAGCGUAGAGAACGACGAUGUGAAGAUCGUCCCACCUUUGACUGAAAAAACUUCUGAGGAAGAUGAGAAAGGUGUAGGAAAAUUAGAGAAAAGCAGCUCAGACGAGAACAUGAACAUAAUGAAGGAAAAGGAUGAAUUUAGUCCCGUCACGUUGAAGAGUCGAGAUGAAACCGAACCCAACAUCGAUGAGAAUAAGAUAGCAGCUGAUAAUCAAGACGACAGUAUUUACGUCUAUAGAUCUGAAGAAAAUAAAGAACCAGUUGACGAACACAAUGAAAAGAUCGAAGAACACAAAGAAAAGGUCAAGGAACACAAAGAAAAGAUCGAAGAACACAAAGAAAAGACCGAAGAACACAAAGAAAAGACCGAAAAACGCAAAGAAAAGACCAAAGAACACAAAGGACCGGUUAAAGAACCGAAAUCUGAAGAACAGGGGUCUGUGGAACAGGUUACUGGAGAACCGAAAUCUGAAGAACCAAACUCUGGAGAACAGGGCAAUGGAGAACAGAAAACCGAGGAGCUAAAGGCUGAGGCGCAAGACACAGAGGAAGAACAUAAGUCAGAACAAAAGACACAAGAAAACGGGGACAGCAACGAAGAAGACAGGCCGACAGCUUCAAACAAACCUGCAAUCAGACGUGAAGGAAACAAGGUGUUUACUUACGUGGAGGCACCAGAGUAUCAGGAGUAUCAUGAGCAGAUGGCUAAAAUGCAAAAAGAACAUCCAUUUAAUCCUACCGAUUUUUUGCCAUAAACUUUAGAAUAUUAAAUCUAAUUGUAAUUGAUAGUUU